GAGUCAUAUUUUUUCGCUUGUAAACAAAUCGCCAUUGCAGCGGUAGAGGUGCAAAAAAAGGCUCGGAAAGGAAAGGAUUUACUGUGCAGCUAGGCUAUUGCAAGUGUGCAAAAAAUCAUAGUACGAACAAAGGAGGUGUAAAAUACAGCAUCGAACGGUAGCAAUGGAUAAGAAAUCGUUUCUAAUAAGCUGGUGCCAGAAGAACAGUUGCGAACCAAAGUUUGAGGUUCGUCCGACCGGCCCGAAGCAUCGGCAACGUUUCCUGUGCGAGGUACGGGUCGCUGGUAUCGAUUACAUCGGUGUCGGCAACUCGACCAACAAGAAGGACUCGGAAAAGAAUGCAUCGCAAGACUUUGUCAACUAUUUGGUGCGCAUUGGCCGCAUCGCGGAAGAGGCGGUGCCGCAGGAUGUUUCCAGCGCACCGCCAGCGACCGAUAAACUGGACGCACCCAUCGGGUUGGGUGGGCCGUCGGGGAUGCGAUCGGGACCGUCGGCCGGAUCGGCCGGCUCGUCGAACAUAUUCAUGAAGGGGUUUGUGCCGCAGGAUCUGGGCCACGCGUACCGACCGUACGUUCCGUCGAAGGAAGAUAUAAAGCGGGAGCAGGAUAACAUGGAAUCGGCCGAAUCACUGGAUGUGAACGCGUCGAUCCAUGGUAACUGGACGAUCGAGAAUGCAAAAUCGAAGCUAAACCAAUGGCUGCAGCAGCACAAAAUAAAGGCCGACUUUAAGUACACUUCAAUCGGACCGGAUCAUGCCAAGAGUUUCAUUGCGGAAAUGACCGUCUACGUGAAGGAAUUGAACCGCACGAUUACGGGCCGUGAGUCCGGAUCGAACAAACAUUCGGCCAGCAAAUCAUGCGCCCUGUCGCUCAUACGCCAGCUGUACCAUUUGGGUGUGAUUGAGGCGUUUACCGGUUCGCUGAAGAAUGCAAGCGCAUCGGAGCAGAUAUCGGCUUAUCCGGUGAAAAUAUCGCACCAGCUAGCGAAGCGCGUGCACGAAUCGUUGAUGGAGCUCGGCAUACAACCGGUCAAGGUGAAUGCGGCCCAAACCGGGCCGAAGGAAUCGAUCAGCUUGAUGCACGCGUCGGACGACGUGCAUUUUAAGCCCCAGUCGACGAACCUACAGCAGCCGGCCUCGGUCAUCUCGUGGUCACCGCCGCAACCGAACUGGAACCCUUGGUUGGGCUGCAACAUCGACGAAGGCUAUCUCGCCACGGCAAGCCUCGAACGGUUGAGCGAGGAUUUGCUGAACGAAAGUCGCGCCCGGCUGCGGGAGAUGCCCGAGCUGCAGAAGAGCAUGAGAGCGCGCGAAAAGCUACCGAUUUCGGCGAUGCGCCGCCCGAUCAUGGAAGCGAUCAACGAGCAUCCGGUCGUGCUGAUCCGUGGCAACACGGGCUGCGGUAAAACGACCCAGAUCGCACAGUUCAUCCUGGAGGAUUACAUCAACUCGGGCCAGGGAGCGUACUGCAAUGUGUGUGUCACGCAGCCGAGGCGCAUCAGUGCGAUCAGCGUGUCGGAGCGGGUCGCUAACGAGCGGUGUGAAAAUUUGGGCGCCGCCGUUGGUUACUCGGUGCGGUUCGAUUCUCAGCUGCCGCGUGCGUACGGUUCGAUACUGUUCUGCACGAUCGGGGUGCUGUUGCGCCGGUUGGAAGGAGGCCUGCGGGGUGUGUCGCACGUGAUUGUGGAUGAAAUUCACGAGCGUGACGUGAACAGUGACUUCAUACUGGUUGUGCUGCGCGAUAUGGUGCACACGUAUCCGGAUCUGCGUGUCAUUCUGAUGUCGGCCACGAUUGAUACGUCGCUGUUUUCGAAGUACUUUGGCGAUUGUCCCGUGCUGGAGGUGCCGGGCCGAGCGUUUCCGGUGGAGCAACUGUUUCUGGAGGAUUGCAUUGAAAUGCUGAAGUUUGUGCCGAGUCCACCGGAGGGUGGUGGUACGAGCCGAAGGAAGCGGGGCAAGGAUGGGGAUGAGGGGGACGGUGGUGGGGAUGGUGGAGCGGAGUACGAUCCGGAUGUGCAGGAGAGUAGCAACAUGAACGAGGUGAUUGAUGAAGCGCGCUAUUCGCCGCAAACGAAGCAGGCGAUGAGUAUGCUGAUCGAGGCGGACACACCGUUCGAGCUGAUCUGUGCGCUGGUGGACUAUGUAGAUCAGCAGGGUAAGCCGGGUGCGGUGCUUGUGUUUCUGGCCGGGUGGAACAUGAUCUUUGCGCUGAUGCGCCAGCUACAGGCGCGACCGAAUUUGGUCGUUUUGCCGCUGCAUUCCCAGCUGCCACGGGAAGAUCAGCGCAAGGUGUUCAAUCACUACGGGCAACGGCGGAAGGUGAUACUGGCGACGAACAUUGCGGAAACAUCGAUUACGAUCGACGAUAUUGUGUACGUGAUCGAUACGUGUAAGGCGCGCAUGAAGCUGUUUACGUCGCACAACAAUAUGACGAACUACGCGACGGUGUGGGCCGCCCGGACAAAUCUGGAACAGCGCAAGGGACGCGCUGGCCGUGUCAGUCCCGGCAUGUGCUUCACCCUCUGCUCGCGGGCCCGUUUCGCCAAGCUGGAGGAAAACCUUACGCCCGAAAUGUUCCGCACACCGCUGCACGAGCUGGCCCUGAGCAUCAAGCUGCUUCGGCUCGGUGCGAUCGGGAAGUUCCUGUCGAAAGCGAUCGAACCGCCACCGCUCGAUGCGGUCAUCGAGGCGGAAGUGUUGCUGAAGGAGAUGCGCUGCUUGGACGAGGCCGAACAGCUAACACCGUUCGGAAGAAUUCUUGCCCGGUUGCCGAUUGAACCGCGGCUUGGGAAAAUGAUGGUGCUGAGCACGCUGUUCGGACUGUGCGAUACGGUCACGACGAUGGCCGCGUACUCCGGGACGUUUUCCGAGGUGUUCCAGCUGGAGUUGGGUCAGCGCCGUUUGAUGAACCACCAGAGGGCACUCAGCGGUCAAACGUACUCGGACUAUAUGGCGAUGCAGACGGCGUUUGAGAUGUGGAGCAAAAAGCGUGCCAUAGGCGAGGAAGCGGAAUAUCGGUUCUGCGAAUGGAAAGGUCUCCAGAUGCCGACCCUGCGCUCGAUCGCCGAAGCAAAGAAGCAGCUGAUGGAGAACCUGACGCUGGCGGGCUUUCCCCCGGCCACGAUGAUGCCGUUCCGGUUCGACCCGGAAUGUCCCGAUCCGGAUCUGGAGAUGGCGAUGGCACUGCUGUGCGUCGGGCUCUACCCGAACGUGUGCUUCCACAAGGAGCGGCGCCGUGUGCUGACCACGGAAUCGAAAGCUGCCCUCAUUCACAAAACGUCGGUAAACUGUACCAACACACCGACCACCUUUCCGUAUCCGUUUUUCGUGUUCGGCGAAAAGAUACGCACCCGGGCCGUAUCGUGCAAGCAAAUGUCGAUGGUAACACCGAUCCAUCUGCUGCUGUUCGGCUGCAAGAAGGUGGAAUGGUGCAACGGGUCGGUGCGGAUCGAUAAUUGGCUCAAUCUGAACAUGGAUCCGUACGAUGCGGCCAUGAUACUGGCGCUGCGACCUUGCCUACAGGAUCUGCUGGUGCAGAUAUCGGAAGCUCCGGACAGUGUGAGCGCGCUCGCACCGAAGCACGUGACGAUGCUGCAGGUGGUGAAGGAGCUGUGUGCGUUCAGUGCGGGAGAUUACGAAAUCGAGCGUCCGGUGAGGGGUUCGUUCGGGCAGGGUGGUGUACGAUCGCACCAGCCAAAGAUCCCCCGGUACGGCGAGGAUAGGCCCAACGUGAGCGGGUUUGUGCGGGUUGGUGGUGGUGAGGCGCCGGGAAGCGGUGGGCAGCAGUAUCCGGGAGGAGCCGGUGGUCACUUCCGGAACGAGGGCAACCGUUACGGGUCAUCGGGACGUGGUAACGGGUACGAUGGUAAUCGAUCGGCAAACUAUCGCUACUUCAAUGCGAUGGGAAACGCCAACUACGGCAACCGUUACCCGGGUGGGGAUGGUGAAGGCGCCGGACAGUAUGGUAGAGGCCCGCAAGGUCCUCAAGGUUUCCAAGGUCCGCAAGGUCCGCAAGGUCCGCUAGGUCUCCAGGGAGCUCCGCACGUUGGUUACCAAGGAUACCAGCAGGGUUACCAGGGAGGAUAUUCGGUUGGAAACCGUGGCGGUUAUAAUGGCGGUGGAAGAAACUACGGACGUGGACGCGAGGCAUGGUGAACAUUUCCUGCAUCGGCCAAGCCAUUAUCCAUCCUGAAACUAAAGAAGCCAUUUCAAGUGGGUCUAUUUAUUUCAACAAUAUCGAAUACACCCAGUGCUGGUCAGAAUACGGUAGCGAGGCAAGCAAAUUGACUGCACAUUUCAUCUAACCAAGUAUUUAAAUAAUUUGUAUUGAAACAGACACAAUUACUUGCAAUAAAUGUGAUACCGUCAGGUAAAUGCCUAAAAAACUGAAA